GAAACAACACACAUUUCUCUUCAUCGCGACGCGGUGAUUAGUGUUUUUUUUUAUUUAUUUAAUUUUAGUUUGAAACAAAGUUAAUUUAUUUUUAAAGAGAUAAUUAUGGGGAAAUUUAUUAUAAUGUCUCCCUUGUUGCUGCUGCUGCUGCUAAUUGCAAAAGUGUGUCAUGCAGAAGGCGUUCACGUUUCAGCAGAAGGUCAAGGCCCCUUUGUUCUAAGUCACUACAAAAGCGACAAAAUGCCUGCUAGUGUCGUCGAUUACGUGCGCCAUCGACAAAUGAUGCAGCCACGUGCCGAACACGAAUUCAAUAUCCCGAACGACAAUGCCUUCAAUGUACUCGAUAUUGCCGAUGAGCAUGGCACAAAAAUUGUCUACAUCAAAAAUUCCCCGCCGAAAAUGAGCGGAGAGCCUAUCGAUGAGCAUCGAAUGUCAAAUUUCGUCAAAAAUAGAAAUGACAUUCAAGGUAAAGACGGGAUUAAGAAGGAAACUUUCCAAUCUGUCUCGACAUUCCAUGGAGAUGCAAUUCCCCCGCAAAACUUCCAAGCCUUCCAAAUUCCAUUUUUCCCCGUUUUUGUACCUCAACCAGUCGCGAUUCCUCAACGCGUUGACGGAAAUGUCAUGAGAGACCCACAAACUGCGAAUAAUCCUUUGUAUGGAGGUCCAGGAUACGGACCUGCAGGUUAUGGACCCCCUGGAUUCGGAAUUGGACCCGGAAUUGGUCCUGGAUACCCAGGAGCUGGAUAUCCUCCCCCCUACGCAGGCUAUCCCGGAGGUUAUGGGCCCGGAUUUCCCGCAGGAGGUUUUGGGGGUCCUUAUGGGGUCCCUCCAGCCUUUGGAGGAUACCCUGGUCAAGGAUUCUACCCCCCGCCCGGAGGAUUUUAUCCCGGAGCUGGAUACGGACCUCAUGGGGGUCCCAUUGGCUACCCAAUUUUCGGGUCUCCAGCUCAAGGAGAGAAACAAGAGAACAUAAAACCGAUUUCCGAAAAGGGACAAGAAGAAUUUGACGAUCGAUCAGCCUUUGGUAGCAUGGAAAAAACCGAAAGUAAACCAAUUUUCAUCAAACCCAACAAAAAAGUUGAAAUGAUGAAAAUGAAGCCAAUGAAGGACACUCCCGUUAUGACAACAACAACAAUGACCCCAACGACGACGACAACCAUGAAAGAAAUGUCAGAAGAGAAAAAAGACACGAAAAUGAAUUGAAAAAAAAAUAGG